AGUUUUCCUGCCUGUCCGGCCGAGGUCGGGGGCCGAAGCCCUGGCUGCAGGGUCAUCGGAGGGAGGAAUAGCCAUCCUCAGGCCGGGGGGGGGGGGUCUGCUUGGAGAGUGCAGCGUUGCCCCCAGCGGGGAGGGGGCUUUGGCCGGGCCAAGAACCAAGAAAGGCUUCUUUCUUCCCUUCUUUCUGGGGGCGAGGAAUCCGCUGAGCGAGCAACGGGGAAGAGAGAGGGGGCGAGUGCAGAGUCUCUCUCUUGCCCCAAAGCCCAGGCAAGCCUCUCCGGAGCCCAGGUGGGGACUCUAUGGGAAGCCAGACCCCCGUCCGGACCAUAGCGGGGCCCUCGGACCCGAUCCUCACCCCACUGAGGUCCACCGCCUUCCCCAUUGAGGUCCCCCCCCCCUCGCCAUGCAGGGCCGGCUCCACAUCCUGGAAGACCUCAACAUGCUCUACAUCCGGCAGAUCGCCCUCAGCAUCCAGGGCACGGACAUCCAGAAGAAGAUCGACCAUGAGAUCCGGAUGCGAGAAGGCGCUUGCAAGCUGCUGGCGGCCUGCACCCAACGCCAGCAAGCCCUGGAGGUCACCAAGAGCCUGCUGGUCUGCAACAGCCGCAUCCUGGCCUACAUGGCUGAGCUGCAGCGCAUGAAGGAGGCGCAGGUCAUGCAGCGCAUGGCCCGGCGCCCCUCGGAUGCCGGCCCCAUGGAAGACCGCCUACCGUGCCGUGGCAAAGUCUGCAUCUCAGACCUCCGGAUCCCCCUGAUGUGGAAGGACACCGAAUACUUCAAAAACAAGGGGGACUUACACCGUUGCGCCGUGUUCUGCUUGCUCCAAAUCGGCACCGAGAUCUACGACACGGAGAUGGUGCUGGUCGACCGGACGCUGACCGACAUCUGCUUUGAGAACAGCAUCCUCUUCAGGGAAGCUGGCCCCGAUUUUGAGCUGAAGGUGGAGCUCUACAGCGCCGGCCUGGAGGAGGACUCAGCUCUGGGCAGCACCCCCAAGAAACUGGCCAGCCGCCUGAGCAGCUCCUUGGGGCGCUCCUCCGGGAAGCGGGUGCGGACGGCCAUGGAGGGGCCCGGCACCGUCCCCGGGAGCCCCCUGAGCAACGGAGGGACCAGCCCGCUCUUGCUGCCGGCCCCCAGCGUGGCGGGUCCCAAGUACCAGCUGCUCGCCUGCACCACCCUCCGCCUGACCCACAUCCAGGACACCUUUCGCACCCACGAUCUCAUUGUCACCAGCAAUGAGGAAAGCUCCUUCUGGCUCCCCCUUUAUGGCAGCAUCUGCUGUCGCCUGACCGCUCAGCCCAACUGCAUGGUCCACCAGAUGAUGUGCGGCUUCCUCAAGGUCCAGCAGGGGGACCAACCGGGGUGGCUGCGCCUCUUCUCCGUCCUGCGUGGGCCCAAGCUCUUCUGCUACCGCCUUCCCCAGGAUGCGGAGACCCAGGAGGAGCCAGCCUUCACCAUUGCCAUCAACAAGGAGACGCGGAUCCGCGCCACCGAGAAGGACCCCAAGAACCGCUUGCACUGCAUGACGGUGACCAACCGCUAUGGGGCCGAGGAGGUGACCCACACGCUGCUGGCGGAGUCGCGUGCCGAGACCCAGCGCUGGAUGGAGGCUUUUUGGCAGCAUUUCUAUGACAUGAGUCAAUGGAAGCACUGCUGUGACGAACUCAUGAAGGUGGAGGUGCCGUCCCCACGACGCCCCCCGGCUUUGCUGCCCAAACAGGGUUCCCUUUACCAUGAAAUGGCUAUUGACCCAGCAGACGACAUCGAGGCGGUGACGGACAUCCUGGCCCGGCGGGUCUCCGGCCUGGGCGGCCCCCCCUGGCUGUCCCUCUUCGAGGGGACCCCCCCGCGGGGCGGCAUGGCUUCGGACAGCGACAGCACGGCCAGCACCAGCCCCUGCCCCCCGCCCCCCCGCUGGGGCCGCCCCCGGACCCUCUCCCUGGAUGCCAAGCUCAGCACCCUCAAGGGCCGCUCGGGGCGCCCUCCCCGCGGACCCUCGCCUCCCCCUCGCGGCCGCGGACCCUCGCCCUGUGGAUCCUCCUCCAGCAGCGGGGGAAGCACCACCCCGGAGCCGGAGCGGGCCCCUCGGCCACAUCUCUCUCGGCCGCGGUUCGACCCUCGCUUGUGGCUCCAGUCUCAGGUAUGAAGAGGAAGAGGAGGAGGAGGAGGAGCAGUGGCCAGAGUCAGCUUUUUGAAGGACCAGGAGACAAGAGGACUCUGGUUCAUCCAGAAGCUUUUGGACACUCAUUGGACUCUGCCAAAGUAGGGUCUGUGCCCUGGUGGGUUUAUUGGAGAAGGGGAAACAUCCAUAACUGGUCCCCAAAAAGACCCUGUUGUGACUUGACCUAGGACUGACAAAUAGGUUGAUGGGGACAGAUGGACGGACGCCAUGCCUAGUUCUAACAAGACCCCCAUUUUGACCUGAAGCCCUUUGUUUCGGGAGCAAAAAGCACCUUCCUUCCUUCCUUGGUGAGAAACUGGAAUCGACUGCUCUGCACAAGGGGUGAAACAUUAUUAUGAGGGGGUGGGUGGGCUGCAGCCGCGUUUAGCCUCUCUUCCAGGCACAAGCGGGGGGCUCCAUGGAUGCACCCCAUUCCCCAGACACGGUGUCCCCCUUUCUCUAACCAACCCCCUUUGCUUCAGGGAUCUUCUAUUUGUGCCAAUGUUUAUUUUUGGGGGGGGGGGAUGGAAGGGAGGAAUGCCAGGCACAAAGCCUCCUCCCCGUUUGCAUCUGUCUCAAGGAGCGGGGCGGCCUCCCCUCCUGAAUAAGCAUUAAACUUUUAUUUUGGA